GCUGUUUUUGGUCCGCCAUAACAAAAUGGCCGACAAUCUAAUAUGUCAAUAAUUGUAUGACAUGUCAUGUUCAAAUUUAUGACGAUACAUAUGUACUUAUAAAUUGAUUUCCAAGUGUUUUUAACAGUAAUUCAACAUGUCAUGGCAAAUGCCACCAGCUGGACCAUGGAAUCCAGGUAUUCCUGUCCAGGGCAAUAUGCCCAAUAUGAACAUGGGAUCCUAUACCCCUGAUCAAUGGUCAGCAAUGCAACAACAGAAUUGGCAGCAAUGGGCCCAGUGGCAGCAGCAAUAUGCACAAUGGCAAAGUCAAUACGGAGAGAAGUAUGAACAGCAAAUGCAAGCCAUGCAGUCUAUGGGUGCAUUCAUGCCCCCAUUGCCACCUGCUGCUGCUCCACCGCCUGCACCACCACCACCAGAAAAACCACCACCGCCUCCACCUCAUGAGAACAACCAACCACUCUAUGCACAGAAAACCCAACCAAGUCCAGUACCUGCACCAAAUAACAACAAUGCAGGGCCCACCAGCAAUAAUAGCGCCAAUUCAGGAACAGGUAAUAAUAAACAAUGGUAUGGUACAGAAAAGACUGAGCAGCAGACUGCAGUUGACACUGAAGCUUUAAAAAAGCUUGCAGAGGAGCAGAGGCUUUUUGACAUUCAAUUUCAGAAAUGGGAAGAACAGAUUGAGAAAUGGAAGCAAGAGAAUUUGAACCAUCCAGACAAGGAUGCAUACAAAGAGUAUCAGCAGAAGUUUGAAGCAUGCCGGGCACAACUUAUGGAGCGUCGGCAACAGAUGAUUCAAAAGAAAGCUAAACUGCUUGGCCAGGAUCCAACUGCAGCCAAUACUGCUGCUACAGUUAAUACAUCUACUGUAGUACCACCUCCAUUGCAGAACACUGGCAAAAAUAACUUUAAUCAAAGCAAUGCACCUAAACAAGAUUAUAAUAAUAGGUUAGUUCAAAAUUACUCUGAUCAAGGAAAUGCAAAUAAUACUUAUAAUGCAUACAACAAACCUCCUCCAUCUGGAUAUAAUAGAAAUGCGAACAGAAAUAUAAAUUUACAAGACAGAUACCAGUAUGAGGCAGAUAAUUAUUCUGGCAAUGAUAACUACCCUGGUGAUGACUAUUCUGGUAAUAACUACUCGGGUAAUGAUAAUUAUUCUGCUAAUGAUGAUUAUUCUGGCAAUGAUGAUUAUUCUCGCAAUAAUGCUGAGUUUAGAAAUAAUAUUGAUGAUUAUCCUGAAAAUAAUGAUAAUUAUCGUAAUGAAGUAGAUAAUUCUGCAUUCUUGCCUUCAAGUAGUUCCAAUGCUGGUAUACCAGGGUUAGAUUUGGUACCUGAAAAAGAAAAAGUACAACCACAAUCACAUGAAGUGAUCGAUAUCACUGAUGAACCAGUACAAAGACAGCAAAUAAAGGCACCUGAUUACUCCACUAUAUCAAAAGGAAUAAAUAAUAUACUUGGAGAUGAAAAAAUUAUGAAUAUACUAUCAUUAGUUAGAGAUCAAAGUAUAGUUGGUAAUCAAAAUACAAAUUCUCAUAAUGUAAAUAGUCAAAAUAUAAUUUCUAAUAAUCAGUGGAACAGGAACACUGGUAAUUUUAACCAACAGGUCAAUGAGAGACAGAUGCCAUAUAAUAGACCAGAUUCCAAUUACCCAAUUCAACAUAACCAAGACACAAAUUACGCAGAUCAAAGAACAGAUAUUUCUUCACAUCAAAAUAGGUCAUUUGAUGAUAGAAAUGAACGACCCUUUCAAGAUCAGUAUUAUGACAGACAUAAUCAAUAUGGUCCUCCUGGGAUAGGUCAAAAAAGUGAUAUUCCACUACAAGACAAUGUAACUCAACCAAGACCACUGAUGGAUCUCCAACCAAUGAUUGAUAAUAGGAACAUGCAGGAUAUUAGAAAUGUACCAGACAAUAGAGGUACAUAUGGUAAUAGAGGCAUCCAGGAUCAUGACAUGGUUAUGCAAAAUAGCAGACACAUACAAGAUAGAGUUCUGCAUGAUAACACUAAUAUUAUAAAUGAACCUCCUAGACCUAAGUGGGUUGAAGAGCCGUUGUUCCAUCCAUCCAUUAUUGUUGAAUAUGAACACAAACCUUUAAGACUUAAAGCUCGUGAUUUCAUUGAUCCUGUGCAUGUGUUUGAUUACAAUCACAAAUCAAAAGAUGGUGAGGGUAGAGAUGAUUUUGAUAAGGAACAUGAGGAUAUGUUUACAAGGAAAGCUAGGAGACCCGGUAUAGAUGAUGAUUAUAUGAACUCGGACAGAUACGCUAGAGAUCAAUAUUCUAGGGACUAUGAGCGGCGGGUGCCAAGGGAUUAUAGGGAUGAAUAUCGUCCAAGAAUACCUCCAAGGAAUGAGUUUGAUGAUAGACGAAAAUUCGACGAUAGACAUGAUGACAGGAGGCGCGACGACCGCGACAGAAAUAAUAGACGAGAGGAUAUGUAUAGAGAUAGGGAGAGAGAAAGGGAUAGGGAAAGAGAUCGGGAGCGGGAGAGAGAUCGGGACAGGGAAAGAGAUCGCGACAGAGACAGAGAUCGGGAUAGGGACAGAGAUCGCGACAGAGACAGAGAACGAGAUAGGGAAAGGGAUAAAGAUAGAGGACGAGAUAGAGACACAUUUAGAGAUAGAACCAGGGAACUUAGAAGAGAGGAUGAUAGAAAUAGUAGUGAUAAAGAUCGGAAGAGAGCUCUCAGUAGGGAGAGUGAAGUUAGUGUAAGUUCAGAUUCAAAGAAGUUUAAAAAUACAGUUAGUAAUUCAACCACCCCUGUUGUGAUGAUUGAUGAUAUACUAGAGAUGCCUGGGCGCGCCAUGCGGCCCGAGAAAAUAGUCAUCAUACUUAGAGGUCCGCCUGGCAGUGGUAAAUCAUAUUUAGCUAAAUUAAUUAGAGAUAGAGAAGCGGAGCAGGGAGGCACGGCUAGGAUUAUGUCGAUAGACGACUACUUUAUGCAGGAAGGAGAGAUCGAAGAGAAGGAUCCCGCAACAGGCAAAACAAUAAAGAAACCCUCACUGAAAUACGAAUAUGAUAAGGGCAGUGAACAGACAUACCUUAAUUCAUUGAAGAGAGCGUUCAAGAGGACCAUCACAGAUGGAUACUUCACGUUUCUAAUAUACGACGCUAUGAAUGAACAUUUACGGUGUUACGCGGAUGUAUGGAAUUUCGCGCGACAGAAUGGAUUCCAGGUCUAUGUGUGUACAUUGGAGUUGGACUCACAAACGUGUCAUAAAAGGAACAUUCACAAUCGUUCACUGGAAGACAUACAAGUUAUAGCGACACGAUUCUUCCCAACACCCGACCAUCAUAUACAACUGGACCCCACGACGUUACUCCAGAGUGCUGCAAUCACGGAGGUCCAGAUGGAAGAUGCUGUUGAUGAUGUAAUCAUGGAGGAUGUUGAUGAAACCGAGGUGGAAAGCGUUUUUACUUCGAAGUGGGAGCGAAUGGACGACGUCGCCCAACUAGCCCGGCUCGACGGGACCAACAAACCGCUUCGCUCAUCGCAUCUCUCAAUGGAAGACUACCUACAAUUAGACGACUGGAAACCCAAUGUUGCUAAACCUGGGAAAAAAACUGUACGCUGGGCCGACAUUGAAGAAGGAAGACAGCAGGAGAAGAUGCGUGCCAUCGGUUUUGUAGUUGGCCAAACGGAUUGGAACCGUAUGACGGACCCCACUAUGGGGUCUAGCGCUCUCACUCAGACAAAAUACAUAGAAAGAGUGAGGCGCACUUAGACAGUAUUCUAUUAGCUGCCUUUACA